CAUGAAAGAAACAUCAAUCCAUUGCUCUAAAUAUAAAGGAAACUUGGGAGAGUGACUCUAUCGUAUAAUCCAUAAGCUCAAUCAAGCAGAAACGAACACCAAGAUGGGGAGCCCUUCCUUCUUGUUAAGGUUGGCUCUGGUCUGUACCUUCCCGCUUCUACUGGCGUCGUCUCAACCCCUGUACACAAAUUCGCGGUGGAUCGUGACGGAAGACGGCGAGCGAGUGAAGUUAGCGUGUGUGAAUUGGGUGUCGCAUCUGGAACCCUUACUCGCAGAAGGUUUGAGCAAGCAGCCUGUGGAUGUGAUCUCCAGACGAAUCAAGUCGAUGGGAUUUAACUGCGUGAGAUUCACUUGGCCCAUUCUGCUCGUCACCAACGACUCUCUCGCCUCCCUCACCGUCAGGCAGUCCUUCCUCAACCUCGGCCUCCUCCAAUCCAUCGCCGGCAUCCAAUCCAAUAACCCAUUCAUCAUCGAUCUUCCCCUUAUCCAAGCUUACAAGUGGGUGGUGGAGAGGAUGGGGGAGGAGGAUGUGAUGGUGAUAUUAGACAACCACAUGACGAAGCCGGGAUGGUGUUGCAGUAACUCCGACGGGAAUGGAUUCUUCGGCGACCGGGAUUUCGACCCGGAGCUGUGGGUGGAGGGGCUCACGAAGAUGGCUUCGCUGUUCAAAGGAGUGACCAAUGUGGUUGGGAUGAGCCUGAGGAAUGAACUGCGAGGCCCCAAACAAAACGUCAACGAUUGGUAUCGGUACAUGACAAAAGGAGCAGAAGCAGUGCAUGCAGCAAACAAGGACGUUCUGGUGAUUCUCUCUGGCCUAAAUUUCGACAAAGACUUGUCCUUCAUCAGGGAACGACCAGUAAAGCUGUCGUUUCAGAGGAAACUUGUAUUUGAAGUACACUGGUAUGCCUUCACGGACGGUCAAGCAUGGGUCCAUGGCAACCCAAAUCAUGUGUGUGGCCAAGUUUCAGGAAAUGUGAUGAGACUGUCGGGUUAUUUGGUAGAACAAGGCUGGCCAUUGUUUGUGAGCGAGUUUGGUGGGGACUUAAGAGGCACCAACGAGAACGACAAUAGGUACUUGAGUUGCUUCUUGGGUUUGGCAGCUGAACAUGACUUGGAUUGGGCAUUAUGGACCCUUGUCGGAAGUUAUUACCUCAGGCAAGGUGUUGUUGGAAUGAAUGAGUAUUAUGGACUUCUCAACUGGGAUUGGCGUGAUAUCAGGAAUUCUUCUUUCUUACAGAGGAUCUCUGCUCUCCAAUCUCCUUUCCGAGGGCCAGGGAUAUCAGAAGGCAGGCCAUAUAAAGUAAUAUUCCAUCCAUUGACGGGUCUCUGCGUGCAAAGAAAAUCACUGCUUGACCCAUUGACGUUGGGAUCCUGCUCUGAAGCUGAAGGCUGGAAAUACACGCCCCAGAAGAUACUAACAAUGAAGGGAACAUAUUUCUGCUUACAGGCAGACGAUGUAGGGAUGCCAGCAAAACUAAGCAUACUAUGUUCGGGGCCUAAUUCCAAAUGGGACAUAAUAUCGGAAUCUAAGAUGCACCUCUCGUCAAAACUCACAAAGGGGUCUUCUGUUUGUCUAGAUGUGGACUCCAACAACUACCUCGUUACCAACACUUGCAAAUGCUUGAACACAGAUCCUACCUGUGAUCCUGCGAGCCAAUGGUUCAAACUAGUCGACACUACAAGAACUUCAAUCUCAGCUCGUUCAUUAACGUUACCUGUAGACUCAAAUUUACCAGAAAUUAUCUCUCACUGGGAAUCAGUGAGCUCAAUAUAAGGUAACUCCAACAAUAUCAUUUCAUUGUAUAAUAGUUCUGACCAAUAUGGUCUGAAGUUGCACAUACUAUUCCAGCUGAGGUGUUAGCUUUGUAAAUUAUGGAGUAGGGAUGGUGUAUAUAACAUUUCGGUAUGAAUAAAAUCUACAAGUAUUAUUUAAAUUUCAAUAAA